AUGGAUGCCAAUGGAGAGCCGAAGACCGAAGCGGCGCAGCACUCGAUGUCGAACCAAAGUCUCCUUGACAUGGGUGGGUCCGCUCCUAUUGCAAUUGUCGGCAUUGGGACAAGGCUGCCUGGCGGCGUGAACUCUGUCCCUUCAAUGUAUGAGUUCCUGCGCAAGAAGAAGGACGGGCUGCGCGAAGUCCCGCUGUCGAGAUUCAAUAUUGCCGGAUUUCACAAUGACGGAGACGUGGCGUACUCAAUGCGGCAGCAGAAGUCCUACUUCUUGGAUGAGGAUAUCUCCAUGAUGGACGCCCUCUUCUUCGGUUCAUCUGAAAUGGAGACUGCAGGGUCGGAUCCCCGGGCUCGGCUCCUGCUGGAAGUGGUCUAUGAAUGCCUGGAGAAUGCGGGAAAGACUAGGUAUAGGGGCGAAAAGAUAGGCUGCUAUAUUGGCGCCUGGGGGGUGGAUUGGUCGGAACUCACGCUCAAAGACGGCCAGCAGCGCAAUCCCAUGAUUGGUGCAGCUGCAGGGAGUUUUUUCUUGUCCAGCUAUAUUGCAUGGAGCCUGGACUUGCGUGGGCCGACCUUGCUCCGCCUCUAUGGUAGCGUUGCACGAAGCCUGCCAGUCACUAUAUUCUGGCGAGUGCUCGUCCGCGAUCCCGACGGAUUUGGGAGGGCAGAAGCUGUGAACGCCGUUCUACUCAAACCACUGGAUGAUGCCAUUCGCGACGGAGAUGUGAUACGGGCUGUUAUCCGAGCAACUGCCGUGAAUAACGACGGGCGGACGUUGAUCUUGACGACACCGUCGGCUGAAGCCCAGGAGGAUCUGAUUAGACAAGCAUACAGAAAGGCCGGGAUUGAGGACUUCAACGAAACAGCCUACUUUGAGUGUCAUGGGACGGGAACAAUGGCCGGGGAUACCGCUGAGACGGCCGCCAUAGCAAAGAUCUUCCACGAGGGAAUCUAUGUUGGCUCGGCCAAACCGAACUUUGGUCAUUCUGAGGGGACAUCUGGGCUUACAAGCCUUAUCAAGGCCAUCCUUUCGCUGGAGAAGAAGACGCUGCUGCCGCAUAUACAUAUGCGAGAGCCAAACCCAAACAUACCUUUCGAAAGCGGGCGAUUGAUGGUCCCCCAGGAGGAGAUACCCUGGCCGGAGGGCCGAAGGGAGAGGCUAAUUGUCUUCCCCACUAGACUCGCGUAUUCCCGGCUACUGGUAGUAUCAGCAAACAGUGAAAAGUCCCUGCACAAAAGAAUAGAAGACCUUCAAGAGUACAUCAAGGAGAAACCAGACUGUUUGGCGGAUCUGGCCUUUACGCUGGGGGAAAGACGAGACCAUCUGGCGCAAAGGGCCUUCCUUCUUGAAUCUGAGGCACUCGAGAUUGGCGCCUUUCAUAUUGGGACUGUGGAUUGCAAAACGACCCCAGAAGUCACAUUCGUGUUCACGGGGCAAGGGGCACAGUGGCCGGCGAUGGGCAGAGCACUGAUAGAGUCGUUUGGAACGUUCCGCGAAACAAUUCAGCAGCUCGAUCAAGCCCUACAGAGCCUCCGGGAGCCUCCUGCCUGGAAGCUGGAGGCUCUGUUAGGUAAAGACUGUUCUCAGGAACAAAUUAGCCGCGCGGAGCUCGCACAGCCUUCAUGCUGCGCGAUCCAGAUUGGCCUCGUGAAUCUACUUGCGGACUGGGGAAUCGCACCAGCGUCAGUCGUUGGCCACUCUAGCGGCGAGAUAGCAGCGGCCUAUGCUGCCGGAGCAAUCACGGCUUCAGAAUCGAUUAUAAUUGCCUACUAUCGAGGAAAGGCUAUGAACAAAGUAACGCGAAAGGGUGGCAUGGCGGCUGUGAGUAUAGGACGCGAGCAGGCGACUCCCUACCUCGUGGACAGAGGCGUGGUGAUUGCAUGCGAAAAUAGCCAGCAUAGCGUGACUCUGUCCGGCGACCUGGAUGAGCUUGAGGAUAUCCUCGAGAAGAUCAAAGCUGACGACCCGGACGUUUACUGCCGGAUGCUUCGCGUCGACAAGGCGUACCACUCCCACCAUAUGCACGAUGUUGCUGAGGACUACGAGUCGUCUCUUCAAGGGCUCUCGACAAGUGAGGGCUCUUUAUUUAUGGUGCCCUUAUUCUCUUCAGUGAUCGGUAUCAAAGUGACCGAGUCGUCCCAGUUGAACGGCACAUACUGGCGCCAGAAUCUGGAGUCACCAGUCCGCUUCCUGACAGCUGUUCAGGCCGUACUCGACUCAGAGGAGGAAAAAAGCCGUACCUUCUUGGAGAUUGGACCACACUCAGCUCUGUCUGGGCCCCUCCGACAGAUUCUGUCAGAGCACCCGCGCGGGAAAGUGUGCUCUUAUGUGGCAUCGCUUGUACGAGGAGAGGAUCCAAGAACUUCAGUCCUCUACACUGCCGGGAACCUCUACAACUCCGGCGUUGCUGUGAAUCUUCGUGCUAUAAACUGCGAGGGAAACAUGCUUGUCGACCUACCACCUUACCCCUGGCAACAUGAUACGAGAUACUGGGACCAGACGCCAGCGGUGGAGGCCUGGAGACUACGCAAGCACCCCCAUCAUGAGCUGCUGGGCUCACGGGUGUUGGGCUCAACAGACAUAGAGCCGUCCUGGCGAAAUAACCUCUCACUGGAUGAUGCUCCCUGGCUAUAUGGACACCGGAUUAUGGGCAAGACUCUGUUUCCAGGCGCCGGAUAUAUUGCCAUGGCCGGAGAGGCUAUUCAGCAGCUGGUAUCUAGGCCAAAUGUGAGUUACCAGAUCAGCCACCUCGUGCUAAAACACGCUCUUUUUCUGGACAGCAACGAGUGUGUAGAGCUCAUCACCAACCUACGACCAGUCCGGAUCUCGGACAUCCAGGACUCAGAAUGGCAUGAGUUCUCUAUUACUGCCGUGCAAGCUGGGGAGGCGACACGACUCUGCUUGGGUCAAGUCAGAGUAGCCCCGCCGUCAGUAGCUCCCACCAUGCCACUGACAGGAAGCACGAAGCUGAAGAGACGUGUAAUGUCAGCAGCAUGGUACAAGGCUCUCAGGGAGGCAGGGAUGGACUACAAUCGGGAAUUUCGCGGCCUUGAUGACAUCUACGGUGAUCCUGUCCGUUAUGAAGCCACGGCCACUGUCAAGACGAAUAAUGUAUCGCCUGGUCGAUAUGUGAUGCACCCAACAACAAUCGACCGCUGCCUCCAGGUGUUAUCGAUAGCCAUGUUUCGUGGCCUCGCGCGUAGCAUCAACAUCCGCAGCCUCCCUGUCCUAUUUGAAGAGAUCUUUAUCGGUCCUGAGCAUGCAGAACUCCACGUCCAAGCCCAGGCAGAUCUCGGCAACGGCAGCUUCAUCCGUGGCGACCUCGGGGCCAUGGCGGACGAUGAGACCAUCUUUUCCAUUAAAGGCAUGAGACUGCACGUUCUGGGAGACGAAGGAUACUCGUAUCAGGAGAGCGAGCUGUCUGCCAGGCCAGUCUGGAUGCCACACAUUGAUUUCUUACCCCCCAGAUCCCUAGCAAAGCCUCCCCGCCCUGUUAACAUUGUGAGCGAGUUACGCGAUCGGAUUAUCGACCUGUACAUUGCGCAGACUGCACCUCGGGUCCAAUAUGUCGAGCCUACGGAAGAGCAUCUGCAUAAGUACAAGCGAUGGUUAAUGAUAAGCGAAAACCGGAUAGCGAGGCAGAGCACAUGGCGACUAUCCGACUAUGGCUACGCACACGACUGUCCGUUUGACUCCUCCAACCCUGCCGCGAUGACGAACUGGAUACGAGAGAGAUCUAGAGACUACCCCAUCAUCGCCCCGGUGGUAAACUGCACCCAGAAAGUCCUAGAUAAUAUCGGGGGCCUACUCGACGGAAGCUGCAACGCGCUCCACCUCCUCAUGGAAGACGACGGGUUGAAGGAGGUUUAUGAACUCUUACUGUCUUUCGACUCCUGUCACGAGUUCUUCGCCACCCUGGGUCAUUCAAACCCCGAGCUCAACAUCCUCGAAGUCGGGGCUGGCACUGGGAGUGCCACGGCGCGGUUUCUGGACUAUCUGCACGCGCCAGAUGGAAGUCGGAUGUACGCGCGGUACACAUUCACUGAUGUCUCUGCUGGGUUUCUAGCAGCAGCCAAGGAGCAGUUUUCGCGAUACGAUACAAUGGAAUACGCUGUGCUCAAUAUCAGUCAGGAUCCCGCGCAACAAGGGUUUGAGCUGAGCAGUUACGAUCUAAUCAUCGCCUCCAAUGUCGUCCAUGCAACACCCAGUCUGAGCUGCUCCCUGGCCAACCUCAAGUCCCUUCUUGCCCCUGGUGGCCGCUUGCUCCUUCAGGAGAUAACCGAGGAAUGUAUAUUGGCUGAGUACAUAUUCGGUCUGCUGCCCGGGUGGUGGGUAGGCGAACACGACCAGCGAAUCGAGAGACCGUACGUACUAGUCGAUCGCUGGAGAGAGGAACUCACAGGAGUUGGUUUCAACGGCAUCGACUUUGCCAUCCACGAACAAAACAGCCCGGUCGUGAAUCUGGUAGCGACCUACCCCACGACGCCGCUGGGAGCAAAUGCUGUAAGCCUACUCGUACAGGAGCCGCGAUGCCAGUGGGUAUUAGAUGUUGAGAAGAUCUUCCAAAAGCAAGGGUAUAAAGUCGAGAUAUACUCACUAGACCAACCGCCACCGGCUGAAGGAGAGGUGGUAUCCCUCCUUGACGCAUCGGGACCAUUCCUAUUCAAUAUGACGGAGGGGGAUUUCCAGCAGUUGAAGAACUCUAUACUCAGUGCCUCGGUUAAGCACAUCCUCUGGGUUAGCAAAAUGUCGCAGUUUACUUCAAGCGAUCCUCGAUACGGGCUAAUCCACGGAUUUCUGCGAGCCUUACAUUUCGAAUGUCAUUCUGAAGGCAAGAGCUUCUCAACAUUUGACAUUGAAGAAUUCGACGAACGGUCCAUCCAUAGUCUGUUGAAGGUCCACGAUCAUUGGCGCCGGGCAGCACCGUCUGAGGAGUCUAGAAGAGACGAAUAUGCCCUUGUCGACGGCGUUGUCCAGGUCAGCAGGUUCGAGGCAACCGAUAUUGAGAAAGAGCUUCAAAUCCCCGUGGAAGAUACGGCUCCUAGAAGGCUUUGCAUUGAAACCACUGGUCUCAUAAAUUCCUUGUAUUGGAAGCAAGACCAACACAUUAUGCCUGGAAAGGGCAAGUCCUCAGACAUCCAUGGCGAUGCUAAUGGGCUGACACAAAUCAAGGACAUUAUCACCGCCCUAGGACUAAUUGCGUCUCCUGACCAGCUAGGGCUGGAGGGCAGCGGGGUGGUCGAGAGUGUUGGCACUGGUGUUACCAAUGUCAGCAAGGGAGAUAGGGUCAUCUUCUUGGGCCCAGGGUGUUUUGCAACCCACGUUACUGUGCCAGCUGCAAAAGCUAUACCACUCCCAGGCAAUUGGUCGCUGGAGGAGGGGGCAACGUCGCCGAUUGUCUCUUUGACGGCGGCUCAGUGUCUCUUACGACUAGGAAAUCUACGACGAGGGCAGAGUUCUGACACGCUGGUUCAGUCUGUAUUGAUCCACGCUGCGGCCGGAGGCGUUGGAAUUGCGGCUAUUAGGAUCUGCAAAGGUGUGGGAGCGAAGAUCUACACAACGGUUGGCAACGACGAGAAAGCACAGUAUUUGGUCGACACAUUCGGUAUCCCACGUGCGCACAUCUUUCAUUCCCGCAAUGCAUCAUUCUAUGAUGACCUCAUGCGUGAAACCGGUGGCCGGGGGGCCGAUAUCGUUCUCAGCUCUCUCAGUGGCGAGCUGCUCCGGACCUCAUGGAAGUGCGUUGCACCGCACGGCAUAAUGUUCGACAUCAGCAGACGUGACGUAUUAGCCGAAGCUAUGCUGCCAAUGAAGCACUUCGUGGACCGAAGGUCGUUUGUCACCGUGGAUCUGGGAGAAUAUAUGGAAGAGGCCGCUGCGAACAACUCGACAGAUUUUUCCAACCCCGUCAAAGAUGGCCUUGUCGGCCCAAUAGCGCCAGUUUCUUGCUUCGCUGCUGCAGACGUCGCAAAUGCCUUUCGCUACAUGCAGUCAGGGCAGCACAUGGGGAAGAUCGUAGUCCGGAUGCCGGAUAAUAUCAGCGAGCUUCCAACGAGGGAUACGCGCGCUCAUAUUUCCUUCUCCCCAGACACCGCGUAUCUGCUAUGCGGUGGUCUGGGUGGAUUGGGCCGUGCACUCUCGAACUGGAUGGUAGAGAGGGGCGCUCGUUGUUUGCUAUACCUCUCACCCAGUGCCGGUGUAGGUGACGACCAUCAGGAGUUUGCAGAAGAACUGGAAUGUCAAGGCUGCGAAGUAGUCUAUGUCAAAGGCACCGCCUCAGACGCAUCUGACGUGUCGAGGGCAAUAUCCCAAAGCCCAAAGCCGAUUAAGGGCGUUGUCCAGCUUGCAUUAACGCUAAAGGACGCAAGCCUGCAACGAAUGACAUUUGAAGACUGGACAACCCCCUUGACAGCCAAAGUCCACGGCACCUGGAAUUUGCACCAAGCCUUCCAGGAUACACCCCUUGACUUCUUCCUCAUGUUCGGGUCCAUCGCAGGCAUCACCGGAAUGGCCGGACAGUGCAAUUACUCAGCCGCAAACAGCUUCAUUCACGCCCUUUCUCGUUAUCGCCAUUCUCUUAAUGAACCGGCGUCAGUUCUAGACCUAGGCCCGGUCGCAGAUAUAGGCUACGUAAGCCGUAACCCGGAGCUCAUGAAGACCUUCAGCGGCCGCUAUGAAUGGCGCUUCAUUAAGGAGCAGGAGGUCCUCGACGCGGUUGAGGCAUUAAUCCACCACUCAACCUUCCCAAAUACCACACCGUUCACACAGGGGAACAGAUACGACCCCAACCAUAUCAUCCUUGGUCUGAUCCCCAUAGCUCCCUGGGGCCGACGACGGGGCGACACCCGGUUUGCAAUUCUCUCAAAUGUAGCUCAACGAGAUCAAAGCGGUGCGGCCGAAGCAGACGACAUCGUUGACUUCAUGGCGCAGGUCGAGUCAGACCCUGAGAUGCUGAACCGUCCUUCAACAGAAGAAUUCCUGAUCCUCAAGGUUGGGACCAUGAUAAAAUCGCCUAGCGCAAAAACAAGGACGAAGGACAGCAUAGCGGCCAAGCAUGACCUGCAAGUAUUGGCGAAUAUUCAGAUCGACUCGCUGAUCGCAAUUGAGGCAAGGGCAUGGGCGAGGAGGAGACUGGGUGUACAGAUUAGUCUGUCUGAAAUCACGGCAGCGGGAAAUGUGAAGGGCUUGGUCGGACUGGCGAUCCAAGAGAUGAAAAAGAGGUAUUCUAUUGCUUGA